AUGAUCGGCCGAGGUGUCCCCGUGUUCGCAAUAUUCUGCUAUACCCUGAGUUCGUCUCCCCACGAAACAGAUGGCAAACAUAACGUUCGUUAUGAUCAAGAAGCUUUCCUGGGUGAAGAUGCUGAAAGUUUCAUGAAAUUGACUCCAGAAGAAAGCAAAGAAGAGCUAGGUCUCUGCUCCUUCUCGGCACGUCGGUCACUUCCGACCGGCAGCGAGCAUAACGUAACACGGCUUGUAGUGAGUCGUGAACUUAAUGUAAGCCUACGCAGAGAUCGCGAAAUCUGGCGGUUUCAACGCCCAUCAGGAAUGGAACGUGCUGCCGUCAUGGGAAAUUUCCGUAAGCUGUUUCAUUUCAUCCGAGUCACUGGUAGUACACAGUGGUUAGGACACGUAUUGCGCAUGUCCAGCUAUCGUCUGCCGCACCGCGCCUUAUUCGCAGUUACGGCUCCGGGUUGGAAGAAACCGUGUGGUGGUCAACAGAUGACGUGGAAGCGAGGCAUGAAGAAAUGCAUAGAGCGAUUAGGUAGAAUCGGUGUCUCCCGUCUUCCAGGUUGGGGUCCGAAAGACUCUAAAACUGGUUGGCUGGAGAUAUUAAAGGAUGCGGCGACUGACCGACAGCAGUGGCGCUCUUGUUGUCAUUUCUUAACAAGGCAGAAUGCUUGA